AUGUACCAAAGAAUGAUUUUUAUAUCUUCUUCGCGCACACAUCUGAAGACAAACAUGAUGUUAUUAAACUCAUCUGCCAACCGAUUGCAUUUGUCCCUGGGUAAUGUCUCAAAUUAUUCUUCAAGAAAGAAGUACUAUGAUAUUGUUAUAGCUGGCGGCGGCAUGGUGGGCUGUGCUAUGGCAUGCAAAUUAUCUAAAGAAGCUGCGUUAAGUGGCAUGUCUAUUCUUCUAUUAGAAGGAGGUCCAAAUCGUAAAGAAUAUGAUUUGUUCGCAAAGAAAAAUACACUUGACAAGCCUUACAGUAAUAGAGUCUCAGCUGUAAGCAAGUCAAGCGUUCAACUUUUACAGUCGAUUGGAGCAUGGCAAAUUAUUGAAGAUUUAGGACGUAAUAAUGCAGUCAAAGAAAUGCGAAUUUGGAAUUCUGGUGCAGGUAGAAGUGGUGGUAUCAAUAACGUAUUAACAUUUGAUAAUGAUAACGAUUUAGCAUAUAUUGUUGAAAACGACACUAUUCUUGGAGCCUUGUUCAAACAAAUUAACGAAGAGCAAAAUAUUACUGUAAAUUAUGAUACGCGAGUUAAUCAAUUUAAUUUACCUGAUUCCAAUAGAGAUUUGGCUACUGUUCAAGUGGCUAACGGAGAAAUUUCCUUUGAAACUAGUCUCUUAAUUGGCUCAGAUGGAUAUGGUUCUAAAGUACGUUCAGCUAUUAGUGGUCAGCAGUAUAUUGGUUGGGAAUACAGUCAACGUGCAGUCGUGGCAACUUUACAUAUACAGUCUGAUGAAGAUGAUACUUAUAAAGGACACGUUGCUUGGCAAAAAUUUGCUCAGUUAGGUCCAGUGGCUCUAUUACCCUUGGAUGAUAAAACAUGUUCGCUAGUAUGGACUACAAGUUAUGAAGAAGCAAAUCGCUUAGCAGAGUUGAGUGACAAUGAAUUUAUUGAUGCUUUAAAUGACAGUUUAUCGGAAGAAAAAGAAUCAAACAAUACUAGCUUACUAUUAGCAGACGAUGCAGCUCACAUAUUGGCCAAAGUACUCAAUAAAUACUGCCAAUCAAAUGAUGAAAAUAAACAAAACAAAAAAAUAAAAUCUAUUCCACCAAUUGUCGUUGGUUUAAUAAAAGAUAGCAGAGCAUCGUUCCCAUUAGGCUUUGGACACGCGUGUCAAUAUGUUGGUCAGCGUGUUGCUUUAGUUGGAGAUGCUGCACACAGAAUACACCCUUUGGCUGGCCAAGGUGUUAAUUUGGGCUUUAGUGAUGUUACUGAAUUAAGUAAUCAACUUAACCAAUCAGUAUUAACAGGCGCUGAUAUUGGAGAUCUGAAUGCACUUUUAAAUUAUCAAACUGCAGCACAGCGUCGUAAUGUACCUAUUAUGUUAGGUGUUGAUGGCAUUCAAAAAAUGUAUGGUAGUAAAAACAAUUUAGUACCACCUGCUAUUACAACAUUAAUACGUAAUGUGGGACUUACAAUUUGUCAAUCUGCUUCCAUAGUAAAAAAACUGUUGAGUGACAAAGCAUCUGGACUUCCUGUAUAG